AUGGCCGGGGGCCUCCGUAUUGUCGUGGGUAUUGACUUUGGCACCACCUAUAGUGGUAUUGCUUGGGCUCUCCAGUCCAGUCCUGAGGAUGUUGAGGUGAUCACAUUCUGGCCUGGGGCUAGAAACAGAACAACGCCCAAAGUACCUACAACUAUCUCGUAUGAGAACGGAAGACUCUUGUGGGGUUAUCAGACACCGAGGUUUGGCGAGGUCGUUCGCGGUAUCAAGCUCCUCCUUGACCCGACUCAGGAAAUCGAUUACGCGCCUGCGGUACAGUCGAAGAAGAUACUGGCAAAGUAUGACAAGCAGCCACUUGACGUCACUCGGGAUUACCUUCAGCUUCUUGUGAACUCGGCAAAGGAAACUCUCCGUCGUCGAUUUGGAAAUGCCUUGGACAGCAUGGAGAUUAGAUACGUACUUACGGUUCCGGCUGUUUGGACUGAUAAAGCAAAGAACAUGACUUUAACAGCAGCGAUUGAUGCCGGUAUUCCUGCGCUCGAUGUGACUCUGGUAUCCGAACCUGAGGCAGCAGCCCUCUCUUGUCUGAACACAAGUCAGCCCAAUACAAUCAAGGAUGGCGACGUGAUCAUAAUAUGCGACGCGGGUGGUGGCACAGUGGACCUGAUCUCCUACCGCGUGAAGAGUGUCAGACCCCUCGAGUUGAUCGAAGUCACUCAGGGAACCGGGGCUGUUUGCGGGUCUGUACUUCUCGACAAGCGGUUUGAAAACUAUCUGGCUGGACUUCUCGGGGAGAAAACAUACGAAAGGCUAUCCCACAAAACUCGCGAAACAGCAUUGAAUCACUGGCAGGACAUUGUGAAACCGAAUUUUGCCGGUGUCUCGAUCGAGGAUGAUGACCCAUACUCCCAGGUUGAUUACUCUGUGCCUUUAAACGGUGUUGGCGACAAGCCGGAGAUAGGGCUACGGGGUGGGUUCUUGAAUAUGCCAAAGGAGAAUGUCGGAGGGAUAUUUCUUCCUGUCGUCGAUGAGAUUGAGAGGCUGGUGCAGGACCAGAUGCUACAGGUAUCCAUGGCUGGAAUGCGGACCAAGGUGAGCGGCCACGAACGGAUAGCCUUGACCUUAGAAGCAUUUACAAUUAGUGAUAAACAGGCUAUCCUUUUGGUGGGAGGUUUUGGUUCUUCCGAGUAUCUCUUCCGCCGCUUGCAAUCCGCCGUGGUGAAUGUGACGGUGAUGCAGCCACCUAAUGCAUGGUCUGCUGUUGUUCGUGGCGCUGUUCUCCGAGGGCUAGGAGGAAAUCAGGUCGGACAGCGGAUUGCUCGACGUCAUUACGGGAUCAAAUGGCGCACCGAAUACAAUCCACAGCUUCAUAACGAAACGGACAAGUACUGGGACUCAUUGACUGAAAAGUGGUACGUGGGCAAUCGCAUGAUGUGGUACAUUCAAAAGGGAAAGCCCAUCUUUGAGGACCAGCCGAUCAGAAUGGACUGGCACCGUGCCAUCGCAAAAGUAGGUUGCAUGAAAGAAUUAAAACAAGUCAGCACUUCGCUUUACAUCUGCAACCUCGACGACGCACCAGAUCAUCUCACUGGAGACGUCUUUGAGGUCUGCACUUUGGAGGCAAACCUCAGCGCAAUUCCACGCAAGUUAUUCCGCAGUAGGACGAAUUCCUUGGGACAGGGGUACUACAAAAUCCCUUAUGAUAUUGCCAUGACACCUGCUUCUGCGUCUAUUUUGUUUAAUCUUGAGUUCAACGGGGUGUCUUACGGUUCAGUGCAAGCCAAGUAUUGA